CUGGCGUGCUUUGAUGGCUCAUGCGCAAUAAAUCUACAAAACGCAUGUUGGAUCUCAGAACAUUUGUAAAGUACAGACAAUUAAGCGCGUCACAAAUGUUCGAACCCAGGACACACCUCUGACCCUCACCGCGGCUGCAAGCUCUGGCGCCGGCAGUCUGAACAGCAUUAUUCAGCGACAAGAGGCGGCGUCUGAGGCGCUCAAUAAAGAUCGUAGAGACGCUCUAUUGUCAGCUUUAUCGUCACCGGACAGAUGAGCUCAGUUGCUGCCUUCACGUAGUGUCGGAAAUACUCCCUUCCACAGAGUGACCUCCUCACCGUGGUGAUGUCAGCAGUAGGCGGAGUUAUUUAGUCUCUUCUGAAGAAUGAUUGGCCUAUCAUUUGGCCUGGUCAUGUCGGCAUGUAUAAGAAGGCAACGAUUCCCAUUCUGAUGAUCAUUUCGUUAUCACAGAGCAUCAACACUCCUCCAUGGCUGCUGUCGUUCCUUUUGCAUCCUGCUAUGCCAGUGUUCAGCCCCUGCAGCUGUUUGGGAAAGGACCCAGAGGGGGCAACAAUCUGUCAUUCCUCACAUACCGGGGCCCUCGCUGCACCCCGCGGCCCCGCAUGGCAUGCCACGCUCCCAAGAUGACCCUUAGACAGAUCUGUCGCAUGCUGAAGGUGAUGAAGCAGGUCAGGAACAGAGAGGCUGCCGCUGCUGCUGCUGCCAGUCUCACCAUGAGUUUGGCAGGUGGUGAUGAAGGUGGCACUGGCAGCAGCAGUGAAACAGCAAAGCAGCCAGAGAAUGCGACUCCAGCAGAGAAGGUCCUGAGUAAACCGAGUGCCACCACUAUUGGACCAGGCUGGACUAAAGUUAGUUGCCCCUGCUGUGUAUCGGAGCGGGUGGAGCCAUUGGUUCUGGUGAAACUUGGACAGAAAGUUCGCCCUGAGACGAAAAGGUGGCUCAUCAGACUGAUUGGAGCUCCUCAGAAAGAUGGAGGUGCUGCAUUACUGGCCCACCCGGGUGAGGAUGCCAGUGGUGACAUCAUCGUGGUCUCCGCCCCACGCUGUACGUUACUUAGAGCCACUGAGGAGUUGGGACUAUGUAAGACUUACCGCAACGAGGACAUGGAAGCCUUCUCCUACAAUGACAGAGACAACUUUAAAGAUUCAGACAACAUGGAGGUGUUCCUGACCCUGGCGGAGCGGCAGUAUAUAGUGAAGUAUGAGUUAGAUGGUCUGAGGGCGCAGAGAGACCUGAGAAUACCCGGCCUGUCUGACAGAUACACACUGCAACACCGAGACAACAUCUGGCAAAAGCUUGGGUCAGCUGGUGUUAUUGUGGACAUGUUUCCCCUCCACAACCCGGGCAAACUGAAGGAUCUCAGUGAAGCCUGGUACUCUGGGAAUCAGCUGGCUCAGCCCCUGGAUUCAGUCAAUGGGUAUUUUGGAAGCUCUGUGGCUUUUUACUUCAGCUUCCUUGAUUUCUACACCUGGUCUCUGCUCCCACCCGCGAUACUGGGCCUGUCCAUCACAUACUUCUCAGGUGAGGUUCAGAAGGAGAUGGAGGAGUCAGUCUCUGGCUCAGGAGUAACAAGUUUUGAAGAUGACUCAGGAUCAGCUGUCAGCGGUCACAUGAUCCAGGCGGUGUUCAGCAUGCUCUGGUCCACGGUGGUUAUGGAGCUGUGGAAGCGUCGGAGCUCCUCCCUGUCCUACCGUUGGGGGACCCUGCACCUUUCAGAACGCUUUGCAGAGCCCCGGCCCGGUUUCCACGGCGACGUCGGGGUCAACCCUGUGACAGGUCGUGUGGAGCCACUCUUUCCUGAAUGGCAGAGGAACCUGCGUAUGGCACUGGUGUCAGUCCCAGUUGUGGGGCUGUUUCUAGGGUUGGUGGUCCUGGGUAUGCUUUGUUUCUACUGGGGGGAGGCCCAGGUGCAACAGCUACACAAAGACUGGGACUCCCUGAUGUCGCAGACUUUGCUCUACAUGCCCUCAGUGCUUCACAUCGUCUAUACAAACAUGCUAGCGACUGCUUACAAGAAGGUGGCACAGUCUCUGACUGAAUAUGAGAACCACAGAGAGGAGUCUGCCUUCGAGAACCAUCUGACAGCCAAAGUCUUGGUGUUCACCUUCUUCAACUACUUUGCAGUGCUCUUCCACAUCGCCUUCUUCAAGCAGGAUGUGCCUUUGCUUCGAAAGCGUCUAGCAUCUUUACUGAUAGUGACCCAGCUGGUCAACCAGGUGACAGAGGUGGUCAUACCCUUCCUGGUGGACCGGUUCAUCAGCGCCCCCCAUAGAAGAGAGAGUAAAGACGAUCCAGAGGAGGACAAAUUUAGGAACCAAAGCACCCUGCCUGCUUUCCCUGGCCUGUUUGCAGAGUACAUUGAGCUGCUGGUGCAGUUUGGGUAUUUGAGUCUUUUCUCCUGUGUGUAUCCUCUGACGGCCGUGCUGCUGCUCAUCAAUAACCUAACGGAGAUCCGAUCAGAUGCCUACAAGAUCUGCAAACUCUUCCGCAAACCCUUCUCCCCCCCUGUGGCUAACAUGGGCGUGUGGCAGAUAGCAUUCGAGGUCCUGAGUUUUGCCUCCGUCGUGACCAACUGCUGGCUGCUGCUGCUGUCACCAUGGUUUCAAGAGCUGUUUCAGGAGGGCAGGAUGAGCAGCACAAACAUUCUGCUGUUGGCUGUUUUGGUGGAGCAUGUGCUGAUCUUGGUUAAGGUAGUUUUGGCGGUACUGAUCCCUGAUGAACCGGACUGGAUCCGAAAAAAGAGAGAGCAUAUUGAGUACACAUCCAUGCAGGCCUUGAGACAGCAGAAGCUGCAUUCUGAAGAGUCCUGAUUGCAUUUCAAAGCGUUGAGACGAUGCUUUAUGUCCUGUGCUGAGUUGCUACAACCAGAAGAUACAGUACCAAACUCAGUGUUGUGUGGACCCAGACAGGAGAAAAGCUUUGGAUCUCCAGCAGGAUCCACAAGCCCUUAAUACUCCCCCUGUAUACUUGUAAAGUCUUUCAGCUGCUCUCACUAUUUAACAUGGUACUUCUGCAAUGUACACCCUUUGAAAUGCAUAGAUUACAUAUUACAUGUACACUGCAAGUGCAAUUGAAACAGCAGCUUAAAAACAGUCACUAUGGCUACAGUAUUCACAGUCAGUAUUUAGUAAGGGACAGACAGGAUGGUUUAUUUGAUGUUACUGGCAGGGUCAAAAACAGACAGAAUACUUGCCAAAAGUGUUUUUCUCUAGAAGGGGACUUCUAGAGAAACACUAUAAUUAGUGUUCAGGACAGUAUCAUCAUUGGAGUGAUUAUCAUAAGACAAAAAGCAGCAAAUGUAAAUAAAAGUCAGUAAUUAAAGCUGCUUUAAUCAAUAUAUUUGUGAAAGAGUUGGCUCGUAGUAAUGAACUUAUUUAAUUAUCACCCAACAGUGCAGUUCUGCUCAGCUCAAUAGAGCAUUUUAGCACAUUUUUUCGGUUUUCUACCCACUUUACUGCUUUGACUCUCACCGCUCUCAUCAACCUGUAUUCAGCUGUUUUUAGUAAAAAAGCUCUGAUGAACCCACUGCACGCUAUCUGCUCGGCACUAAGUUAGCAUCUAGCUGGUGAGUAUAGUGGAGGAUUUAGCAGCUAAAGAAACAGAUGUUUCCCUCAGGAGUUGGCAGAGACCCAAACAGAGCUAAACAGAAAGUGAAUAUUGGACCUACAUUUGUCAGAUGGCCAGAAACACGACUCCAAAUGAAUGCUAAUGUUGCUCUGUCUGCUGGAUGCGUAAAUAAGCAACUGAUUGCUAACAAGUUAGCCAUAUCAACUUUAUAAGGGGAUAAAAUGUUAAUGUGUUUACAGCUUGUUGUGCUGCGCCCAAGUGGCCAAAAAAAAAAAAGUUAUUGCCACUUCAAAUCAUAGAUUUUGUCUGUGGCUCCAUCAAAUGGAGAAAAACAGCUUGGAUUGUAAUCAAUUAACUUAAACUUGCAGUCUGUAUUUUUAGUAAAAGUAAGGUGCCAGCUUAGUUUAGUGCUCAGUCAACUGACAGUUAAAAGUGAAAUACUCCUUUAGAGAGAGGUGAAGCAUUUUACAGUGGAGUAUUUUACACAUUUCUUUUUAAAUGUUCUACAAUAAUGGGUUUAUUAUCUGUUAUUGUGCUAAAUUCACUUUGACAUUUGCUUCUGGUUGAGCAGUCAGUAGAAAAUGUUGCACUUGUACCCUCCCUUGAUGAUACUGUCCUCUCCUUAAAUAAUCACUAUAUGGUUAUAAGACCACGUGACAUCUGUAACAUGAGAUGAGUACAGUAAACUAUGUGCCGAGAUUCGAUUUGCAGUGAAAGUGAUUGGGAGCUACCAAAGAACCACUCUGUGCUUUGCUAUGAGAAAUUUAUUAUUUUUUUAUGUGUGGAUUUCAUUAUUUACUCGUCUGUGUGUGUUGUGUGUUUCUAAGAAUGAUUGCUUGAGUUCACGGUGCUGCAACAACUAAUUCACUUUAUAGUCUGAUACUUUACAGUCAUACUAGAGUGUUAUUUCACUGUUCACUCUUCACUGCUGGCAGAUUGGACUUUUUUUAAUGAAUGUGCAGACGAAUCCACUGGGGAAGUCCACCAUUUCUUACUUCUAACAGUGGUGUAUUGUUCACUGUAUAAGUUAUUGUUUUUAGGAGUUAGUAUUCUUUACAGCCACCAGGAGGCACUAUACACUUCCCAUUUUAUUCCACAUGCAGCUUUUCACAAGCCCUGGUGGCUGCAGAGGGACUGAUUCCGUAAAGAUGCAGAUGGAUGGUGAGACUUCCUCAAGUGGCUGCAGCUGUAUGUGUGCACCACUGACACUAAAUAUAAACCAGGGUGUGUGUGUCUGUGUCUGUGUAUGUGUGUGCACGUGUGCUCUGUUCUGAAGUGCUGUGACGAGUUAGUGAAGAUAAACUUUUAGACAAUCUGGUUCCAGGAUCAAGAUUUCAGGUCAGAAACAGAGGUGACAAUGUUUGCUGGUUGUCCCACAAUAAACCCACAGAAGGAAACUG